AAUGUCUCUUCCUUUGUCCUUUUUCCUUUCACAUUUCCUUUUUCCUGUUCUCUUCUCCUUUGUUUUCCUUCUGUUUCCUUUCCUUUUAUCACUCCCUAUUCUUCAGCUUGACUCUGGGGGGAGUAACGAUUGAUAAGACCGACCCAUCCACAGUCGAGGCUUUAGUUGGCCAAACAGUUGUGCUGCCCUGCCGAGUCAGCCCUCCACCUUCCUCCACCGUUGUCGUGGAGUGGAGGAGGGAUGGUAUACCUCUAUCAACUCACAGGCAUCACCAACAGCCCAAUGGCUCUCUGUUAGUAGGUCCCGUCUCUAAGCUGGACUCUGGCUGGUUCCUGUGUGUGGCCACUCGAGAACGAGAGAGAGACCACCGCUACAUUUACCUGGCUGUCUCAGAGGGACCAUCUUCUACCUCGCUUCCCAGAGACGGUCCAUUUGCAAGGUUCAGUAUUGAGCGCUCAAGCUCAGCCCAGGUGGAAAUGCGAGCAGGACAAACUGCCAGACUGCCCUGCACUGUUGUCCCCUCUUCAGCUCGGCAGUCUGUCAGCAUUGGGUGGACUAAAGAUGGACAGCUAAUCAGUGAUCCCAGGUUUACUCAGCAUUCAGAUGGCACCCUCAUCAUCGGCCCUCUGAAGUCUGAUGACUCUGGUGUCUACACAUGUACAGCCUCCAACCAGCAGCAGCUGGAGCAGCGACAGCUGCAGCUCAGAGUCCAGCCUGAUCUGAAAAUCACAACAGCUCCCAAUAACAUCCAAGUGUCAGAAGGCAGCACGGGCAUGCUUCCCUGUGUGGUGUCAGGAGACAACGUCAAUAUAGGCUGGUCAAGAAAUGGUGUACCGGUGCGUCCAGAUGGGCGCAACAUCCUCUUGUCUUCUGACGGCAGCCUGAUCCUUAAUAAUGUCAAGCCUUCUGAUCAGGGCACGUACACCUGCAACGCUUACACCGGCAUUUACUCUGUGAGCGCCACAGCUGAAAUAAAGGUCAUUAAAGAAACCCAGCAAGACGCUGACGUCCCGCCAGAAUGUGUGGACUACCCUGAGCUUGCCAACUGUGAGCUGAUAGUUUACGCCCGACUUUGCUCCAACUCAUACUACUCCAGUUUCUGUUGUGCCAGCUGCACCAGGCAUUCACAGAAGAAACGACAGGUUUGGUCGACCAGGUUAAAGCCACAGAGGGUGUAAAAACUAUGUGAUGUGUGGUGGUGGACACUGGGGUGGGAUCUGAAUUCCCAUUUAGAUUCUAAAAAAACUCGAGCUGUCGACUACGAGCUGCUGCAUUUGCCAAAAGGACUCAAAAAACCCUGAGCAGAUUGUACAGAAAUGUAUUUCAAUAUUGCAAUCUUAAAAAAGGGACGGAUCACUGUAGAUGCACAGUAGUUAAAGCUACAAAGUAAGUGGUGUUCAGGGAAUCUUAUGGAACGAUAAAAGAUGGGCCUUAAAAUAUAACGUAAACCUGUAAAGUCUGAAUGUGAUGAGACGAUGAACUCGUUCUUACUCUGCCACACCUUUUAAAAUGAGUUAUGCUCUCACUUGAUCUAUAUAUUCUCUGUUUUUUUGAGAAUCGUGAUGAUAAUAACUCUUAUAUAUGUUAUUAAAAAAGCUGAAAUUACUUUUUUCAUGCCAGUAAAUCACUGAUACAAGGCUGCACUCAUUGCUGCUUCUGUAUCAUAUAAUGAAACUCUACAAGACUUUUCCACUAUUUUUUUAUUUCUAUGUAAUUAUUUGACAAUAAAGGUCAUAUUUUGAUAAAAACUUUGGUUUACUUCAAUGACUGUACGUUAUACACGUGUGCUGAAUUGUUCCAGUUUCUACCACAAGGUGUCGCCCAACAUGAGAAGCACAGUUUCUCAUUCACUUGAUGGAAACUGAAUAUGAACAUAACUGAACCUUCACUGGAAAAUAAUUCAGUGACAUCUCUAAAUUUAUUAGAGAUGUUUUUCCACUGCAUAUUGCAGUAUCUAUUCCAACCGUCAAGUCAAGCAAUGUCUAACAGUAAGAAUAAACAUUUGUAACAUCUCUCAGCAAUCAGCUUUUUUUGCUCUUGUGUUGUUUUCAUAAACAUAAUUUAACCACUUACGUUCUAGCUUUAAGAUGGAUUUGCUGGCUCUACAAACAAAACAAUCUUUAGCUAACAGUCAGUAUUUAAUCUCCUGGCCGUGGUGUAUAUUUGUGGAACGUUCUCCUUAUAUCUUUAAUAUUUUUUAGUACAGUUGUGAGCUAUAGUAUGGCAGACAGACAAUAAACGGUAUAGUGCAAUAUAUUACUUAAUGUAGCCAUUAAGUAAAAUAAAACUCAUUGUUUAAUAAUCUUUAUAUUUACAGUUCAGGUCCAAGGCUUUGCACAUUAGGAUGUUAUAAAAAAUAAUCUGGCCCUUUCCCUAAGAUUAUGGAAACACAACCUCAGACAAACAUCAGGUUAUGUCAUGUUAUUAUUUAACAAAAAGUGAGCCAACAUGAAGAGGUCAUUUGUGAACUGAUCAAUUGCAAGUGUGAGCUUCUUUAUAAAUGCAGACAUUUAGGAAGCUUGCUGGUCUGGAGUGUUCUGGUGCUGAUCUGAGACAAGCAACUGUUGCUGCCCUUCAGUUUGGGAAAAUGUAUGAGGUUCUUUACAGACAAUCUGAAAUCCAUCUCGCUACAGUGACGAGACAAAACAUUUGCCAAUCUUCCCAGCAGUGGAAGUCCCAGCAACUUGACUCCAAGAUCAUUCUGUAUUACAAAGAGAAACUGGGGGGAAAAAGAGCUUCAUUUCAGACUCUACAGGCCUCAGUUAGCAGGUUAAAUGUAAAGUUCAUGACAGUUUAAUGAGAGUAAGACAGAAUAAGUAUACCAUAUUUUGAAGAGCUACUAGGAGAAAGCCUCUUCUCUCUAAAAACAACAUGGCAGCAUGGCUUAGGUUUGCAACGUUCAACUUGAACCAACUGCACAGCACUGGAAUGCGCAGGAUCACUGUUAAGAGAUGUACUCUAAAACACUUCUUCAGUAGAGAAUCAGAGAAGAGAAACACGCAGAACUUCUUGCUAGCAAGGGCAGCCUCCAGAACUGAGACUCGCG